AUGGCAACACCAAAAUUUGCAUUAUUUUGGCUCCUCCUGCAACUCCUGGCCCUUGCUUUCUCUUUCUUUCCUCAUGCUUGCACCGCUCGAAACAUAAACACGCCUUGUGGAUUUGCUUUUUGCGGAAACCUUAACAUUAGUUACCCUUUUCGAUUAAAAAACCAGCCUCGUAGCUGUGGUCAUAAGGGGUUUGAGCUGGUGUGCGACAACAACCGCGCCAUUUUCCCUAUGGAACGCGGGAGUUUCUAUGUCCAACACAUAUCUUAUGAUAACCAAACUAUUCAUCUUGUAGAUGUGAAUCUGGACAUAGAUAGAUGCUCUCUUCCUUUCGGUUUUCCUAUGCGUAGAAAAUUCUAUCGAAUAGCAAUAACUUAUACGUAUCUUCAUACUGAGUUUUAUUUCGAUAGAUCUACAUAUGAAGAGAUGUUUGUCAUGAAUUGCAGUAUGAAGAUAAACAAAUCUUGGCGUGGGGCUAAUUACAUAAAUGCUUCUCGUUGCUCUUCCUUUCCACCAACUAAUAAUAAUUACUUCUAUUUUUUGGAUGGAGGAACUCCACCCUCUGCUUUUCAUCCCUCUUGCACAGUUGAGGCCCUGGUUCCGAUCGGUGUUCACAACAUCAGUGACCUCUCUACUUUUGAUAUUUACCAAAAGCUGAUGAUGGGUGCCCCAUUUUUCUGGAGUUUUGAAGAUGGCCUGCUGGAUUGGAGCUCAGUUGUUAACUUAGUGAAAUCAUUGUACUCGCUGCUAAUGAGAGGGCUUCUUCUAUAUGCACAAAACAUGGCGACUCUUAUUCUCCCAGUCUCAGCCUCAGACCUUACUUUUCCAUCCAGUACAGGGAUUAUAUUAGCUCGGACACUUUUAGGGAUAUCUUGUUUGACUGUCCUUAUUAUACGUAAAUUAAAAAGAAGACAUUUGUCAGUAGAUGAUUCUAUUGAGAACUUUCUUCAAAGCCAAAUAAAUUUUAUGCCUAUAAGAUAUUCGUAUAUUGAAUUAAAGAGGAUAACACGAGGUUUCAAGGAUAAAUUAGGUCAGGGAGGUUAUGGAACUGUGUUUAAAGGCAAACUUCGAAGUGGCAAAUUUGUUGCAGUAAAAUUGUUAAAGGAAUCAAAAGCUAAUGGCCAAGAUUUUAUCAAUGAAGUUGCAACUAUCGGAAGAAUUCAUCAUGUGAAUGUUGUGGAACUUGUUGCAUUUUGCGUGGAGGGAAGAAAACAAGCUCUUGUCUAUGAUUUCAUGACAAAUGGCUCUUUAGACAAAAUUAUAUUUUCAACAAGAAGUAGCAGCUUGAGUUGGCAAAAGAUGCUUGAGAUAGCAAUUGGAGUGGGUCGAGGUAUUGAAUAUUUACAUAAUGGUUGUGCUAUGAAGAUUUUACAUUUUGACAUCAAGCCACAUAACAUUCUAUUAGAUGGAAACUUUAAUCCAAAACUUUCAGAUUUUGGCCUUGCAAAGUUGCAUUCAGUGGAUGAUAGCAUUAUUUCUCUCACAGCAGCACGAGGUACACUAGGAUAUAUGGCUCCUGAAUUGUUUUAUAAAAAUCUUGGAGGUAUCUCGUAUAAAGCUGAUGUUUAUAGCUUUGGAAUGAUGCUAAUGGAAAUUGUGGGAAGGAGGAAAAAUCUAAAUGCUUUUGUUGACAAUUCAAGUCAAAUUUAUUUUCCUUCAUGGAUUUAUCAUCAAUUUGAAUUAGGAGAAAACAUAGAGCUUGAAAACAUGACUGAAAAUGUAAAAAAAAUUAUGAGGAAAAUGAUAAUUGUUGCAUUUUGGUGCAUACAGACGAAGCCCAUACAUCGUCCUACAAUGGCCAAAGUUUUGAAAAUGCUUGAAAGUGAAGAAGAACUCCUUGAAAUACCUCCCAAGUCUUUUCUAUUUUCUUUGGACAUGUCCAGUAAUGAUGAAUGA